UUCCAUUUUCGCUUUCGUGAACCGUGCACGCGUUUCAAAUUUGGAAUUUGACGGGAUUUGAAAAAAAUAUCACAUUGCGAAGUUACGGCAAUAAGCGGCCAGUGUUUUUUUUGUUUAAAAAGUGCGAUAUACUUACUUUUUUUGUCUAUGGUGGCAAUUUUGGUGAUAUAAAACAAAUUAGGUUGUGUUUCGUCACUGCUUGGGUAUUAUUUUUAGAAUUGUUAAAGUCAGUUGGUGGGACUGGUCUUAAUUUAGCGGUGCACAUGAGUGUAAAUAGCGGUUACCGUGGUGUCAACUAAAAUGAGAAAAAAGAGAAAACCAGGAAAGAAAUAAAAUAACAAAACAGUGUUCGUACAAGCAUUUAUUACUAUAAUAAUCAUAUUGUUAAAAGUGGUGUAAACAGCCAGACAGGGACUGGAUUAAAAAAAAAAAAAAGAAAAAAUACAACGAAAAAUAUUAAGAGUUGAGUGCACUGCACCAUAAAAACAACUUACUCGAAUACGAAAACAAACUUCGGGCCUUUUUAAUCGUAAAACAAAUAAGUAAUCGACGUUUAAAAGUGAUUGCCUUUGUUUGAACAUUUUUGGGACUGCCGCCUUUUCAAGUUUAUUUAGCUGCACCGCAUCCAACCAGGGACGACGGUUUGAAAACAACACGGCGAGAGAACAAACAGAAUUUGAUAGUAUUUAUUCUCAAGACUACCAUUAAAAAUAAAUAUAGCGGUGCAUUUUCAUAAAUUACUGGCCGAUAAUAAACAUAAUUCCAAAAUCAAAACUAUAACUUGUUUGGCGCGAAUUUGAAAUUAAAAAGUUUAAACGUCAGUUUGACAAUUGUAUAGUGUAGUGCUGUGUUGAUAUAAUCUGUGAAGUAGUGGUGUCAAAGUGGCAGGAGACGAGCAUUUGGACAUGCUGGGGGGCCCCGAGUGGGGGCAACGGGAGGCCACCCCCCCUAGAGACGCCCCCCUACCGAGUUUCGGUUUUACACAGGAGCAAGUCGCGUGCGUAUGCGAGGUACUGCAACAAGCGGGGAACAUCGACAGGCUGGGAAGGUUCCUGUGGUCUCUGCCCGCUUGCGAGAGGCUUCACGCCCACGAAUCAGUUUUGAAAGCCAAAGCAAUGGUAGCCUUCCAUAGAGGGAAUUUCAAGGAGCUGUACAGAUUACUAGAGUCUCACACAUUCAGCGCGCAUAACCAUGCGAAAUUGCAGAAUUUGUGGUUGAAAGCGCACUAUAUGGAAGCGGAGAGGUUGCGAGGGAGGCCGUUGGGCGCCGUCGGCAAAUACAGGGUCAGGCGUAAGUUUCCCCUACCCAGGACGAUAUGGGACGGAGAGGAGACUUCGUAUUGUUUUAAGGAGAAGUCCAGGUCGGUUCUCCGGGAUUGGUACCUUCAUAAUCCAUACCCGUCGCCGAGGGAGAAGCGGGAAUUGGCUGAGACAACUGGUCUCACCACUGUACAGGUUUCAAAUUGGUUCAAAAACAGAAGACAGAGGGACAGACAAGCGGAACAUAAGGAUAGUGGCGGCGCUGGGGACAAGCAGUUAGACUCAUCAACAGACGACGACAGCGAUGCUCCAGCCCAUCCCCAGCAGAUGGCGCCACCGGCGCACGCCCCGCAACCUCUGUACCCAUUGUACGAGCAUCCACUGGCCCAUCUGCAGUACCAUCACACGUGACCUUACUAACACCCUGUAUAUUGUAAUUUUUCAUCACCCUGUGUACCGUAAGAACGAAGUUAAUAUUAGAAGAAACUGUACUCGUAUUUCUUUUUCUCACAAUUAAAACUCGACUCUGUACAAAUAGCGUAGAAUUCCAAAUGCUCUGACAAUUAUUUCUGAUUAUCCUGUAGAUAAUUUGUCAUCUACUGCGAGGAACAUACUCGUUCUAGAUAGUAGAAUGGUUUGGGUUCGAAUCCCAUUCGAUCGAUUAGUCGGAAGGUAAUUUGCCAACUUAUUACUUAGACUAGGGACUCGCUCCGGCUUUACAUGGCUUUUUUUUUCAACAAAACAGCCCACGUUACUCAUCUCUCCGUAGGUGAAGUAAAUUUUAAAAACAGUUAAGCAUUUUUUUUUUAUUUUGUUCACUGCGAAAAAAAGCAAAAAAAAUUAUUAUUUGUAAUUAUUGAUUCCCAAAAGUAGUGUUAUGUUUUUUUUUUAAUAUUUUCAAAUACCCUUUAAGAGACUUACUAAAGUGAUUUUCAAUAGGAAUUCGACCGUUAAUAUUUUAGAAUAUUUAUUUAAAUUACGAUUUUAAUUGUAAUCGACUCACCCUGUAUAUUGUAAUUAUCAUAUCAUGUAUAAUGUAGGUAAGAUUGUUUAUAUGCACAUAACAGUGAUAUACAGGCUGAUACAAAACAAAUAAAAAAAUCAUUAAUCCACGAUAAUACAUAUUCCUGAAACUGAAAAACUUUAUCAAGUAAUUAUCAGAGGGACUAUACAAAAGUCGAUUGCUUGGGUACCUCUGUCCCAUUCGUGUUUCAACCGUGAAGCAGUUGUGUUUGCAUGGCCGUGUUUCGGUUUGAAGGGUGGGUUAUGGCGUAAAUUUACUGGGUACAGAGGAAUAACACCUGAGUCCUCAGGAAUGGCAAUGCAUGCGGGGUAUCAUGGGCGAAACAGUAUACUCUGUUAUGUCCAUGGUACUGCUUGUGUCUAUAGGCGACGGUUACCACUUUACAUCAGGUGGGCCGUCAGCUUGUUUGCCAUUCUAAGUUGUAUUUUAUUAUUACAAAUUCUCACAUUCACAUCGCCUAUAGACAUGAGCGAUACCAUGGACAUAACAGAGUAUACUGUUUCGCCCAUGAUACCCCGCAUGCGUUGGCAUUCCUGAGGACUCAGGUGUUAUUCCUCUGUACCCAGUAAAUGCACGCCAUAUCGCACCCUUCAAACUGAAACACAGCCAUGCAAACACAACUGCUUCACGGUUGAAACACGAAUGGGACAGAGGUACCCAAGCAAUCCACUUUUGUACAGCCUCCCUCUGAUAAAAAGGAUUCCGCUUGGUAUAGCAAUUACAAAUAGGUGACCCUGUAUAUGAACAGGGCAUUGUUGCAUUACAUUGUUGCUGAACUAAACAAGCAAAGUGGCAAAUUCAAAUAUAGCCUGUUUCAAUAGAAAUUAAUAAAAAAAAUAACUAAGUUUUAUUUAAAUUAUUAUAUAGACAUAUUGUAAAUGAAGGUAGUAACAAAUCGAAACAUUUAAUCGAUUAUUCAAAUUUGGAAUUGUAUUAUGGCCGCGUCAGUUGUACCUUUUUUUUCUUAUUUUUUUUUUUAUUGAUGGGUGAAAAUGGUAUGGUAACCCCGCCUGCGCUAACGGGAUACGCUGGCGGAGCACCAGUGAAGGGUGAUAGAUGAGAAUGUCAGUUCAGUUAGCCCAUCAUGGUGAAUUCAUCAGUAAUUAACCAUGAUAGUUUCCAGGGGGAACCACGAGGAGGUCGACCUGGUUGGGUAUAUUGCUAGCAAUGGGAUUCUCAGUCUCCAUUACUAACAAUCCUUUUGCCCCCUCUUAUUAUUAUUUUAACUCUUACUGUCCACUGCUGGACAUAAGCCUUCUCCAUAAGGGGAGUUUUAUCAGUAGUUGCCACGCUUGGCAGGCGGGUUGGCAACCGCAGUUAGGCUUUUAGAGAUAUUUUAAGAGGGACGCUGCUGCCUAUCACUCGUCCUGCCUUAGUCGCCUCUUACGACACCCACGGGAAAGAAACGAGUGGCUCAUUCUAUGCCGGGACCACACGGCGAAUACCUCAGUUUAUAUUUUUAUGAAUUUCUAUUGAAAUAGCCUAAAGAUUUAUUAUUUAUAUUUAUUGUUUAAUUUUAAUAUAAAUUUAUUUAUAAUCUUAUUAUUUAGUAAAUAAAUGCGUGUAUCUUGUAUAAAUAUAUUAUAGUAAGAUAUAAGACGUAUAUAUAUAUAUAUAUAUAUAUAUAUAUAUAUAUAUAUAUAUAUAUACAGGGUGGAAUUGGAAAGAUUAGCGUCCUUUGAAGGGAGUGCUCUAUCAGAGUAACUAAAUAUUUUUUCCAAAGAAACGCGGAUUGAAAUAAGAAUUUUAAAUUUUAAACCGACUUCACAAAAGAAGUAGGUUUUCAAAUUUUUUCCAUUCAAUUCAAUUUAUUUAUGGCAUUUGAGGCGGUAUUCACUUACCAUCAGGUGAGCCGCAUGCUCGUUUGCCCCUUGUGUUGUAAAAAAAAAAAUUUCAAUAUUAUUUUGAAAGAUAGAUAUUUAACAAUAAUAAUAAUAAUAUAAUUUAUUUGCUGAAAAACACGGUAUACACACGUUAGCAAUAAUAUGUUAGGAACAGGCGUGUUUUGUCAAAACAAUGGCAUGCAAAAUUUUAAUAUUUAUGGUAACUUCUUUUCGAAUACUAUUAACAAAAUAUUAUUUAUGUGCUUAGAUAGAUAGAUAGAUAGACAAUUUAUUUACAUUACUUACAGCACACAAAUUACAAUAAAAAAAAAACAAACAUACACGUAAUACACAGCAAAAGAGACAAAAGAAUAAAAAUAAAAAAAGCACAAAUAAAAAAAAAUAAUACAAAAACAAAAUACAUAAUCUAACAAUCUCCUUUGUUACCAUUCCUUCAUGCGUGUGCCAUAGUAACACAAAAUGGCUUAUAAAGUAGAAUUAUUCUUCAGUCCAACAAGUCCUUAAUUCAGUAAUAACAUUUGUCCAAAAGCCAUUUGUACAGUGUGUUCUUAAAUUUUGUAAUAAAGUACAUUGUAGACCCUGUCGGGCACAGCGAUUAGAAGCGGGGAGGGCGUCGUUUUUUAAAUUUUCAUAAAGUAUUCAAUAAUUUUUAUUUAAAAAAAUGAAAUCUAACUGUAUUGGGUUUAUUUUUAUUUUUUAUGUUUGUUACCUCAUAACUCCGUUAGUUGUAAAUCGAUUUGGAAAAUUAUUUUUUUAUCUGCAAGUUGUAAGUAUGUCCUUGUUAGUUUCAUAGAAAUUUUAUCAAAAUCGAUACAGUAGUUUAGUUUUUAAAUCAAAAUAAUCGGUUUUUUUUUUCUAUUCUAACACGGCGUGUUAAAUUGUCGAGUUAGUAAUAUUUUAUGUCGUUUUUCGACCAAUGUUUCUUUGGAAGAAGUGUUCAGUACCACUGCUAGGACACACCCUUAAAAGAAUGCUAAUUAUUUCGAGAUCACCCUGUAUAUGUAUACAUAGUACACAUUAAAUGUAUUAAUUAGUAUUUUUUAAAAGAAAGUGUGUUGUUAAAUUAUAUAUUGCUGUUUUAUUUCUC